UGCGCCCUCAGAGGCCCGUCCAGCACUCAUCCUGUUGUGCCCAAAGAAAGACAAGCCAAGCUGUACACAUGCCUGGGUCUGAGGUUCCCCCCAUGUCCAUAGCAGCAAGGUCUUGAGCCUGAAGGAUACCCACUAUGAGCUUCAAAAUAAAGCAAAGGUAGACAAGCAUCAAUGAGCUGGAUGUUCAUCUGAAGAUUCAGCAUUUUUUGAAACAACAGAAGAUGAAGCAUGCCACCAAAACCAGGACCACCACAGUAAUGGCUCCUACUGCCCACAUGGGAACUGCAAAAUAAAACGAGAAUCACCUCAAACCACUUGCUGAUGUGUGUCUUCCUGAGUCUACUUUUGGGCGUUCCUGACUCAGCUCAAGACACAGUGUCAUCUCCUAAAAAUGUUAAGGACUUAAAGGCUUUGACGCAAAAUGAGACCAGUAUAACUCUGCAGUGGUCAAAAGUAGAGAACAUCAGCUACUAUAUCCUUGUGGUCAAUGAAACAAAGAUAAACGUCACAUCAGCUCAAGUGACCUACACAGUCACAAACCUCGCAAGUGGGACUAAAUACAACUUCACUGUCUUCACUGUGUUAGGAAAUGUCAGAAGCAGUGGAGCAAAUGUCAAUGCAUUCACAGCUCCUGAAAAUGUUAAGUACUUAAAGGUUUUGACACAAAGUGAGACCAGUAUAACUCUGCAGUGGUCAAAAGUAGAGAACAUCAGCUACUAUAUCCUUGCAUUCAGUGGAAAAGAGAUAAACGUCACAUCAGCGGGCCCUCAAGUGAACUAUACAGUCACAAACCUCACAAGUGGGACUAAAUACAACUUCACUGUCUACACUGUGUUAGGAGAUGUCAGAAGCAGUGGAGAAAGCAUCACUACAUUCACAGCUCCUGAAAAUGUUAAGGACUUAAAGGCUUUGACGCAAAAUGAGACCAGUAUAACUCUGCAGUGGUCAGAAGUAGAGAACAUCAGCUACUAUAUCCUUGCAUUCAGUGCAAAAGAGAUAAACGUCACAUCAGCGGGCCCUCAAGUGAACUAUACAGUCACAAACCUCACAAGUGGGACUAAAUACAACUUCACUGUCUUCACUGUGUUAGGAAAUGUCAGAAGCAGUGGAGCAAAUGUCAAUGCAUUCACAGGUAAAUUAUAUUUCCUCUUAUAUAACCAUCUAACAAGGACCAGGACAAAGCUCUGUCUUCACCACCUCUACCCAUUUUGGGGGUGAUCGCCACAGUAGAUCACUACUAUCCACAUUUAGCACAGG